GAUGUUACAAGAAGUCUGUGAUACUCUGCAAUAUUUUUUAUGACUGAUUUUUUUCGUUAUGUGCCCCUGCAUUAAUAGAAUCGCCAUCCUUUCGAACUAAAAUUGAGAGUUUGGUGUUAUUUAAAUUGCAAUGCUUUGACUGGCGUGCAUGCUAGAUGUUCGAAGAUAUGAUUCCAAUGGAUUAGUACCUUUAUGCUUGGAAUCAGGAUGCCUGCUUUGCUACUAUAUUCACUAUAAAAUUUCCCUUCAUUGAUGCAGAGAAGGUCCUCAAAAUCAUUGUACUCACAUGUGGCUUCUGAUAUUACUAUGUUAGCUGGAGCUAAAUAGGUGUUCUAGUGAAGUUUGUAACUCUGUAUCAAUCUUUAGUGAGUUUUAGAAAAGAUUUACUGCAUGAUCUCUAGUCUUGCCAACCGGCUCAGGCAAUAUUGGUAUCUGUCGCUUUAUAAGAAUGAGAUGAAUGGGGUCAGAUUUUGGGUUAGACAUUUGGUGUGUGCGUGUGUAACUUGCCAAUUAGAAGUUUCUUAGUUUCACUUUCUGUGCUGGGGGGAUUUUUUUGGUUUGAAGUGUUAGUUUAUCUAUCUAUUUUUUGCCAAAUAAUAGGAACUGAGUUGUAUGUAUUGGUAUUCAUUGAUUUGUUUUCACACAUGGACAUAAGCCCUAGUUGGGUAAACCAUGCAGAUUUUAAUGUUUCAUUGGUGUUGUUUGCUCUGUUGUGAUCGCUCAUGCUGAAUUUUCUUGCUUUCAUUGACACUAUAAUUACCACCAAGUACGUGUGCCAUUCCCACUGCCCAUAUGCUGUAGAAAUGAUUAAAAUAUUUGCUUCAUUCAAAGUCAGUUUCCCAACCAAUUAUGUUUUGUUUAGAACAUCCUGGUCCCAUAUAGGCUACCAUCACUCAUCUGCAUGAUGAACAUUAAUUUAUCAUUUCUUCUCAAGAAAGGGUUGGACAUGAAAUAAUUUCAUUUUGUUUAGAUUUUUGCAGUUAGAAAGCAAGCUAUGUACUCUCUUAAAGACAUUGUGCCUGCAGCUGAGAACAACAUAAAUACACAGUUCAUAGUUCUGAACAAAGGCAAGACAGCAUCAGAGGGCCAAAGUAAGACAUGCUUGGCACUUGUGGCUGAUGAGACAGCCGCAGUUCACUUCCAGCUCUGGGGGGAUGAGUGUGAUGCCUUUGAGCCUGGUGAUAUUAUCCGUCUAACAAAUGGAAUAUUCUCUUGCAACCGGAGAAGUUGGGUGUUGAGGGCAGGCAAGAGAGGGAAGGUAGAGAAGGUGGGAGAAUUCACCAUGGCAUAUGUUGAGACACCCAACAUGAGCGAGAUUGAAUGGGUUCAUGAUCCAAGCAAGUCCAAGUUCGUGCAGAAGGCUGUUAUUUCACCCCAUUCACGCAUUUUCCCGCCAUUACCUUAACUUUUGCACCUUUUGUUUCACGUAAUGGCCCUUCUCACUGCAUUUCAGAAUUAUCAACAUUGAUGAGAUUGUAGUUUCAUGUAUUUCUUACUCUCUUCAAAUCAUCUUUAAUCAACAAAGGGAUUUUACUUGCAA